CCUCAAGCUCCCACAGAACCCCCUGUGGGUUUUUUUGUGCCCAGACAGGGCAGGAUGGAAGUCUGCAGCCCGCGCCAGCUGCCUACGGGCAAAAAAAUUUGGAAGGUGUACGUAGCCGCGGCCUUGGCCUUUGGGGUGGCCACAGUGGUGCUGGCAGUAGCCCUCUCCUCCGUCCUCUGCCAGCAGGCCGUGGGCUCCAUGAUGGCCGGGAACGGCUCGGCAAGGCUGGCGUGGCUGGAGAAGGAGCUGGAUGUCACCAACCUGUCCCUGGCCGAAGCCCGGGGGCAGUGGGAAGGUUGCAGUAAGCAGUUGAGAGUGCUGGAGGGGAAAGUCUUGGAGCUGGAGCCGGCACUCGUCAGGGUAACCCAGCUGCAAGUCACCCUGACCCCCAUCCCCUGGGACACCCUGACCCCCCCGCCCUCACCUCCCCGCAGAGGAGAACGGGGUGCUCCGGGCACAGGUGGCCCAGCAGGAGAAGCAGCUGGAGGACCUGCAGAGCAGCAGGGACGAGCUCCAGCUGAAGAACCAGGCCCUGGAGAAGCAGCUCCAGGAUAUGAGGAGCCAGCAUUCGAGUGGGAACAGGACCCCGGCUGUGUCACUCAGCCUCCUGGCUCUCCUCCUCCCCGGGAUGCUCCUCCUGUGAUCCCCAAGCAGCAGGGACAUGAGUCCCUCCAUAUCCCAUCUCCCAGUGUGGGAUGAGGAGGGACUGUUCUCAUCCAGCCCAGUGGGCUCUGGGGGUGGCCCUGUUCCCACUCGCCCCUGUCCCUGGGACCACCUACGCAGUCCUAGACCUCCCCACACACCCUGCUCGCCAAAUUAACCCUGGCCACUGUGGGGACAUCCGGGGAGAUGGUUUCCCUCCAGCCACCAAGAAUUGUGCCCAUGGCAAGGGAGGGGACGGGGGCAUGGGCUGGAGAGGACAGAGGCGUGGCAGGGCUGCCCUGAGUCAAGGGGUCCACAGGCACUCAACGGUUAAGUGAUUUUUAUCCAAUUUCCAAUAAAACCUUGAGAAAAUCCA